ACUAUCUAGAUCUAAAUGUAGAUCUAGUGUUGAUAUUUUUAAAGCUACACUCUACCAACUCUACUACUCUAGAUCUAGAUUUAAUCUAGUCUUAGAAUGCCUAUAUAGAUCUAGCUCCUGAUGGAUCUACAUACAGUUUGAUAGAUCAGCUCCUGUAGAUAUCAAGAUUGACAAGUGGGGCCUAACACAGACGCACAGACUCAGUAACACCUCAGUCUUCAGGCUCAGUCAGUUUGAAGUUGACUUGGUGUAGGCACCCUAUUAAUUUUUUUUCUAACUAUCUAGAGUUCUACAUCAUGGCUGGGUUUUAUAAUCUUGAUCACAAGGAAGUUAUACGCAUUAAAGUAAAAAAAUGUGACGGAAGAAUGAAGCCAGAAUAUAAGAAAUUUUCUAUCGACCCACAGAUAACUUCUUUUGAAAUGCUUCAGGGCAUCUUAGCCAGAGCUUUCGAAAUUAACAGUGAUUUUACUAUUUGUUACCUGGCCAUAGAUUCAGAGGGCCAGGCUGUUUAUCUGUCAAUGUUAUCAGACUGGGACAUGGAUGCAGCUUUCCAGUGUGCAGCAGAUCCAUGUUUAAAACUUAAAGUUGACCUGAGACCAUUUGAAGAAGAAUUGGAAGAUUGGGAUGUCAUAGCUCCUGCAGAGAUCCCACAACAUAGAAUAACAAGUUUGCUGGAUAAAGGUUCUAUCUUAGGAACUAUAACUGGCACCAUCACACAUAAUCUUGGGAAGACAGUCAACACAAUGCAAAGAGCUAUAGGUUUAAAGCAUGCGGAUGAAGUUAUAAAGCCUUUAAAGCCUCCAAUGUCUGACAUGGAGUUUAAAAACUACCUUGACAGUGAAGGGCAUAUGAUCCGACCAAAUGAAUUUCGAUUGUCUGUAUAUCAAGGUGGUAUAGAACCAUCUCUCCGUCGGGUGGCUUGGAGGCACUUGCUCAAUAUUUUCCCAGUCAAUAUGUCCGGCCAACAUCGAUUUGACUAUAUGAAACGUAAAGAGGAAGAGUACAGGCGUUUGAGAGAGGAGUGGCGGGAACGGUUCAAGAAUAACACAGCCACAGAGGAAGUGAAGUAUGUGGCUAGUAUGGUGAAGAAAGAUGUAUUGAGGACAGAUAGGUGCCAUGGUUUCUAUGCCGGGAGUGAUGAGAAUGAGAAUACUCUGUCCCUAUUUCACAUCUUAGUCACAUAUGCUUUGACACAUCCUGAUGUUUCCUACUGUCAAGGCAUGAGUGAUUUGGCAUCUCCUCUUCUUGUCACUCAGAAGGAUGAAGGCCAGGCUUACAUAUGUUUUUGUGCUCUUAUGAACAGAUUAAGAAGUAAUUUCACAGUGGAAGGGAAUGCCAUCAUGACAAAGUUUAAGCAUUUGUCAGAGCUCUUGGCCAUGUAUGAUCCUGUUCUGCAUUCAUAUCUUUUGCAAAAAAAUGCAGGAGAUUUGUUUUUUUGUUAUCGCUGGUUUCUCUUGGAACUGAAAAGAGAGUUUCCAUUCACUGAUGCUCUAUAUGUUUUAGAAGUCAUGUGGGCCACAUUGCCUCCAUUUCCGCCACCAGUUGAGCUGGAGCUGGUAGAUUCUGAUUAUUCUUGCAAGCUUUUCUCUAGUUCUCCCUGUUCUCCAACUUUCACCAUUCAGCAAGCCAUGUAUGCCAAGCUUUUGGCUAUGAGAAGAGUUGGUGCCCUUCAUUUGGCCACACAAGCUCCCCUUACCAUCAAACAGAAACCAGCAGGUGGACUCAGUUCUGACAACCAAGUGCUACUUCACCCUACACUUGUCUCUUCCUAUGAUGCCUCACCUGUAGAUACAGAUGAUCAUGGCUCAGACUUCCCCCAGGUGGAUAACCCCAUGACAAGGUCCAUGCAAAUGAAGUCUAACAGCAUUGAUCAGAUUCUUCAGGAGGAUGGGUCUUUGUAUGGCAAAGAGGACAGUACCAUCAGGAAUGCUGACAACAGUUCUGGUGAUAGUAGUUCAAGUGAUUCAAGUCAACUGGAAGAAGGUGCUGGGGAGGAAGAAUUGAACAGAGUAGACAGUGGACACAGCAGCUGUAUCAGCUUACCAGUAGAAGAGUGUAAAAGCUUUACUUUCACUAAUAUACUGCUGGAGGAAGAAAACCAUGAGCGCAGCUGGAGUGUCAACUCUGUGGUUUCUGAUUUUUCAGAUCCACCAACUCAGUUUGAGCUCUCUCUAGACUCCAAUGCUAAUAAUUCCACUGACAACAUUGAGCUUCACACUAUACACAGCUAUGACUCUAGCAAAAGUAAUGAACCCCACAUCUUGGAGAAAGUUACAAGGGAUGUAGGUAAUGGCAAACAAGGAGAGACAACUGAAUCCAACUCAGGAAUCUUUCAGAGCAUGAAACGUUUGCUUUCUUCUCCCAAAAAAAAACCUACAGAUGUGUCCCCUCAAGCAUCACCUAGAAUGUCAGGUGGCCCUUUACAUAAACAAGGAUCAGCUCCUAUACUCAGCCCAGAUCAUGAAAUGGGACUAAAGCUAGCGAAAAACUAUUCAGAUGGAAACAUUGCAGAUUGUAAGGAUGCAUCUGAAUCAAUCGAGGGUAUUGCAACUAAUGGAGGUGGAGCUGCUAGUUCAGUUCGAGAUCCAUCUAAGCUUCCACCACCUCAAGAAUUUGGAGAGGGAAAUCCUUUUCUGAUGUUUCUUUGUUUAACUCUUCUGGUUCAGCAUCGGGACAAAAUAAUACAGCAAGGAAUGUUUUACGAAGACAUUGCCAUGCAUUUUGACAAACUUGUCCGCAGGCAUGAUGCCUCCAGAGCAUUACACAAUGCCCGACAAUUGUACACAGAGUAUCUGCGGGCACAACAAUCUAAUAUGGAAAAAGAUAAAGAUGUUGAAGAUUUAGGAUUUAGCUGUUAAAUUUUGUGUAUCUAUCUGACAUUUGUAGAUCAGUAUCCAAAAUGACGGGUUCAGUGGUUUUAAUUUAUUUGCCAAAGUGUAACCAUGUUUUAUUAUUUAUUACAUUUACUACUUUGUAUGGAGAGCAACAUUUUUUUUCUCUCCCUCAUUCUAGAUGAGCUUUAACUCAUCAUUAAUGAGCCUGUCCAAUAUGUAAGAAAUGGUCUUGAAAAUGAUAAAGAUAUUUGCAAUAUGUUUUUAGUUUAUUUAACAGCCAUUUUUUUUUAAAGCUAGUGAACAUUUAUAUUGAGAUAAGUCAUAAAGGAAAAUAGGACUACUUGUCAAUUAUUGCAUGGAGCUCAAAUUAUUCCACUUUUUUAUAUAUACAGGCUCAGCUAAUAACAUUCUAAAUUUAAAAAAAAAUUGUUUUCACCUUCAGGUGAUAAAACUGACAAAUAUAGUGUCGUGACACAUUAGGUUUUCAGAUAUAGCUGUUAAGACAGAUAAGACUAAUCCAAGCAUCUCUGGUGUGUUCUUGUAUUCUGCUCAGAAUCAGUUUUUUUAAUGUGAAGUAUUCCUGACUACAUAUUGUUUCAAGUUAGGAUCCUCUUGUUAGCUUGCAAACUCUUCAUUGGUGGGCAGACAGGGAUCUUGGAAACAGCUUUAAUAGAUUUUCCUAGAAAUUUGACAAGAUUAUGUAUAUCUUUGAAAAAACAUUACUAGCUAAUUGGCCACACAGGAAAACUUUGACUUAGAAUGGACUUUCAGGAUCAUUUUGCAUACUGUCUUAUGUAGAAUUCAGUCUAGAUUACUGUCUUUUAAUGCUUCCAAGUCUGAAUCUAUAUCACCAACCUAGAAUUUUUUAUUCUGAGUAGAUUUAUACAAGGGCAUAACCAGGAUUUUUUUUUCGGGGUGGGGUGGGGGGGCUGGUUAAUAAAUGUUCCUUUUUUUAAAAUCUAUCAUUCAUUAGCUUUUAAGAGCAAAGUAAUUGCUGUUAUCUAAAGUCAUCAGCUUCAUAAAAGAGGAAUUUCCUAAAAAAAAAUGUGAUCUUUUUGUUUUAAAAACAUGUCCUUCUGUAUAAUAAAUGAUGAGUAAAACUUUUGGACAAAAACACAGGACAAGAAAUGUUGCAGUUGUCUCACUUCUUCCCAAUGGUAAUGAUGUUUUAUAACUGUUUUGUAUUUUCCAUGUAGACUUACUGUAAUAUUAGUUCUAGUUCCUUCAGGUUUGUUUUAUUUGGUCCACAAUACUCAUGAUUCUCAUUUGCUCAGUGAUAAAUUCAUGUCCAAUUUUUUAAUGUGAAUAGAGUUUUUUUAUAAUAAUCUCAAAAUUAAAUAUGAAAGUCCAAAAUGCAACUUUUGUUCAAUUCUCUUUUAAAAUGAUUGAAAUAAACAAAAAUUAAAGGCCAGUACUAUAUCUAUCUCUACUAUGUAUAUGUAUGUAUACUAAUAGCACACUAGCAUAUACUUCAGUAAGAAUUGUUUUGAGAAAGUAUUUGCUUUGAUUGCAAUUGUGAAAAGUGUUACAUUUCAAAAUAUUUAUUUAAUAAUGUUUUAAGCAAUUUACCUUAGUGACCCUCUGCUUCAAAAGAUUGUCCAAAUGUUUUUUGUUUUCUUAGGGGAAUUUUACUACUUUUUUACUUACAUGAGGAGACCGGAUGGAGGACUCGCACCAACAGAGAAAUAUACCAGCUAUAUAAAGACCCCUCCAUAGAAACGGAAAAUGAAAAGGAACAGAUUACGUUGGGCAGGUCACCUCAAAAGAAUGUCAGAGAACAGAGGAGCAAAGAUUGUUCACCAGAAAAAAACAAAAAUCAGGCAUCUCAAAGGCAGACCACGAGUACAAUGGCUGAUAUGCAGAGGCAGCUCUACAACAACUAAGAGUCUUGGCAUGGAGACAUAAAGCGCAGGAGAGAUCAGAAUGAAAAGAUGUGUUAAGAGUAGGCCAGACCCUCCAUGGGCUGUUGUGACAUUGGGAUGGGUGAAGAAUAUGAGCUAUUGGUUUGGUCAAAAAAGCUUUCAGGUAUUUUUUUUUUAUUACAUCAAACUGUUAACACUUGUUUUUUAAAGAUGAGAGUAGCAUUUAGAAACAAUUUGAGAAGUUAAAAAAUGUAAACAGAAUAAAAAAACAAAUAUGCUUCAGUUCUGUUCAUUUCAGUCAUUCAAUCAUUCUAUAAAAAAGUCUAUCCAAAAAAAAAGCUCUGUAUCAUAGGACUUUAUUUAUUUAUUGUAGCUUUGAUUUGUCAUCAAAUUUUUUUUUGUAUCAUCCUACUUUCUUUGUACAUCUAAUAGCAGGUCUGGAGAAGUAGAUGUUAUGUUCAGUCUACUUUUCAAAAUGUAGGGCUGUCUAUGUGGUAUACAUUUUAGAUUGUUGACAGGACUGUCUUGGGUUCAUACCCUGCAUAAUGUUUUUUUGUACAAAAUCUACUGCUUUGAAAGAAAUAGUUAUUUUAUUCAGAAGCACUCUUGUCUUGUUUGUAUCUGGUUGAAAGUACAACCCAUUCUCUAAGCCACUUCUAUAAAUGUCUUAUUUUACUAAUUAGAUUAGGGUAACAAGCAUAAGGUUUAAUUCCCCCUCCCAAUAUUUGUGUACGUAGAUAAAAAUAACAAGCUCUUUAAAAAAUUAAAAGAUAUGGAAAUAACCACUUUGUUAAUAUUUGUAUUCACAUUGAAUAACUGUUUAGGGAAAUAGAGUUGCCAUAUAUUAUGUUCAUUACAUUUUCUGUGUGUAUACAUUGACUUGUUAUUUUACUGUUUGCUCUGCAAUCUCCCAAACAUAUUGUCUAGUCAUUAUCUAAUGUUUUCUUGUAGCUUUAGAUUGAAUGAAUUGAGAUGUCACUUGACCUAGCUCUGUUACUCUAUGCAUUGAAAGUGGUUUCAUUGUCUACAAAUGCUAGAACUUAUUGAUGCUAUGGACCUAACUUUUUGUGUAUUUUGCUUGUUAAAAAGUAUUGGUAUAUCUGUGCAACAUUCCUGGUGUGGUCUCAAACAUCAUUAGCAUUCCUUGCAACUGGUCACAAGAAUAAGCUGGGCUUAGGUUAAGUACAAACACAUUGUGAGUUUCAGAAUCAGUUCUUUGCUGACACUAAAGGGAGUCUAAUACAUUGAGAUUGUUGAACUAAUCAUGUGUGACAAGGAAUUAGAACAUUUUGUUUUGUUGGAUCUUUCCUUCAUUUUGUACAAAAUUGUUUGAUCUUCAUAACAGUUCUUUGGGAAAUUAUUUCUACAGACUUUCAACCAAUUGAAACCUAAUGUAACAGUUUUCUUCUUAAAUGGAAGAGUAUUUUGUUGACCAUUAUUAUGACUUUCUUACCAAUUUGUUACCCUAUCAUUGUUGCUUUUUUAAUUCUCUAAAAAAAUAAUGACGUUUUCAAAAUGUCUAGAAUUAUUAAAUGUAUAUUGAAUGUGCAAUGUUACUUUAGGUGUCUAGAAUGAUUAGUUUCAAUAUUUUAACUUAUAAUGUUUUACAGCGGAUUGGCUUAGGAUACCCAUUAUUUAUUUAAUUUAUUUAUUGCUAAUAUUUUACAGCGAUCCACAUCUGUAAAUUUUAUUUAAAAAAAAUACAUCAUUUUUUAAAUAUCAUUUUUUAAAUCUUAGUUCUAAUCUGGGUUAGCAGCUUUCAAUAUUUAUUUAUUCAUGAGAUGAAAUAUUUCUAUUUUAAUGUUUCACUGAUUUUACCACUCCUAUCUGCUAUGACUAGAAACAGUACUUUAAACUACUUAGCUUGUUAAAGAAACGUCUUUAUGUUACAUUACUAUCAACUUUUAAUUUAAUGCUUAAAAUUGUUUAGUGUAACGUAAUAUUGGACAGUGAUGCUCCCCCACACACACACACAAAAUUAGUUAGUAGUUAGCAUUUCAUGCUACUCAACAGUCAUCUACAACGCACUAUUCCACUAUUCUUACAAUUUAAAAAAAAUGCAGAAGAUGGCAUAAACGUGAGGGACAUUCAAGGCACAUAUGUAGUGGUUGUGAUCGCCUUAAGAUCAUCUUGGUUUAAGCAAAUUAUCAUUUUGGGGGCCUGUUGCAGCCAUAUAAUCAUAAUAAAUUAAGAAAGAGUGGUAGAAUCAUGUUGGCAGAGAUGUAUUGAAACAUUUUCGAAAGAAUGUCUUGGGUUGAUUUAGUUCACAGCGCUCACUAAAAUGGUAUACAACUUCCUAUAUAGAAGAGAAUACAUGUGUUUGAAUUUUUUAAUCAUUAAUAGUGUCUUUUUUUUAAACUCAGUAUUCAAAUAGGGAUUUAUAACUACAAGGCAAAUGCAAAAAUAUUUUAGGUCCUUGGAAAACAAGUAUAGUGCCUCACAGAAUGAAAAAAAAAAGUUUCUGUAUUAGGGCAAUAGAAUUUGCUAUGACAGAUUUUUGUGUCUGCACUAAUCAUAGUAAACAAAAAUAUAGAGUUGAAACAACUGGAAUGACAAUUCUGUGACAAUUUUAUAAAGAAGUCUGGAUAAUAUACAAGUUUUUGUUUUUUAAGUGCUUAAUUUGCAUCUCCCUAUUGUAUUAGACAAUCUAGCUGACAAGAGUAGAGCAGCUAAUUAUGAAUCCACCUUGGUAUGAGUUUUAUUUAUAACCAUUGAAUGACAUGAAAAUGUAAGAUUACUGUUGUUAUUGCUGGGCUAACCAACAUUCUAAUUAUUGGAAUGGGAAUGUUCAGCUUAUGGCUAUAGUCUUAUUUUGUAACAGUAUAUAUAUAUAUAUAUGGUCCCUAAUAUCAUUCCAGGUGCUUUCUGUGGCUAUGAGAUCAUCAAAUCAUCAGGAGAAUAACAAAUUUAUCAUGGUAUUAGCCCCCCCACCUUUUUUUUUCCAUUCAUAUCUAUGUAUUAGCCACAAGCUGUGUUUAUUUAUGUGCAAUUUGCUGUAUAAAGUUGAGUUGAAAAGGUGUAUGUAUAAUAAAAAAUGUUAUUCCCUACAA